AUGAAAUCAUUUUGGAAUGUGUUUUUAAAAAUGACAAAUAUUCACGUAUUAAAAGAUCCAAAAAUGUUAAUUAUUUGUUUAGCAAAUGUUUGUUCAAUGAUUGGUUAUUAUACACCUUAUUUAUUUACAACAAAACUUGCUUAUCAACUUGGAAUAUCGGAAUAUCGAGCAGUAUUUCUCAUUUCUGUGAUUGACGGUCAGAUGUUUACUGACAAUGGUUGUGCUGCUAAAGCCAUGGACACGUUAGAAGACCGCCCUUAA